CGUACGUACAAAUGCAUGUCUCGCACCAAAAUCUGGGUUCAGUACUACCGCUGUCAUGUCCUUUUCUGCCUCUCACCCAAGUAUCAAUGUAUCAUCCUCCUGCUUGCUUACACUACUAGUCUGUCAGGUACCCUUUUAGCCACUUUAACCAUUAACUUUGGAACAGAAACGCAUGAUUACCUUUAUUUCUGCCUUAUCCACCUCUUCCUCUCAAAGCAACGUAUAAAAAGUUAUAGACCUUACAUCAAUCAAACUGAAUCCCACGUAUGUUCCUAGGUUCUCUCUCUCUCUCUCUCUCUCUCUCUCUCGGUGUCAAAGGGAAACUUGUCCACUUAUCACACUCCCACAUCACUGUCCAAAGAACACAUUUUUCACUUGCUCAUGGACGAACCCAUACGCUCUCUUCGCUUCCUCCUCCUGUUCUUGCUCCUCCCUUCUCUGUCUCUUCAACGGGAAGAUCAACGUCUAAAGCUUAGCACCGUAGAUCUCAAUGCACUAAAAGCCAUCAAAGCUUCCCUCACCGACAUCCCAGGAUCGGCAUUCUUUUCCACCUGGGACUUCGCUUCCACCGAUCCAUGCUCUUCUUUUUCCGGCCUCACCUGCUCUCUCAUUUCUUCUUCUCUCCGCGUCACCGUUCUCUCACUCGGUACCGGCCUCUCUGGCUCGCAUGGACUCGCCGGAUCUCUCUCCAGCUCCCUCUUCCAACUCACCGAACUGACCCAACUCCUCCUCUUUCCCGGCCUCGUCACCGGCCCCAUCCCACUCCAACUCUGCCGCCUCUCUAACCUCCGAGUCAUCUCCUUAACCGAAAACCGCCUGACCGGUCCCGUCCCCUCUUGUUUCUCGGCUUUCUCGAAUUUGCACACCCUCGACCUGAGUUACAACCAGCUCACCGGAUCCAUCCCGCCAGGUCUCACCCGGUUGCCCAGACUCAAGGUCCUCAUAUUGGCGUCCAACUCUCUAUCAGGCGAGUUACCGGACGUGUCGACGCAGCUGCUGCAUCUAGAUUUGAAGUGGAACAGACUCAACGGGCAGCUGCCGUCACUUCCUUCGUCCCUCCGUUACCUGUCUCUAUCGCGUAAUACGAUGUGGGGCCCACUCAACGGCUUGGGAUCGCUCUCCGAGUUAGUGUAUCUGGACCUGAGCAUGAAUCAAUUCGAUGGUCCCAUCCCGGCCCCACUCUUCAGACCCACCCUCUCGUCUUUACUACUGCAACGGAACAAUCUGUCCGGUGGGGUCCUCCUCGCCGGUCCCACGACACCCCUAUCAUACGGUGAGGGUUCCAUCGUGGACCUGAGCCACAACUUCUUGACGGGGGAGUUAUCAGCGGUGUUGAUUGGGGUGGAGAGCUUGUUCCUGAAUAACAACCGUCUGAUCGGGAGGGUGCCGGAGGAGUACGUAAAGAGCGUGUACCGAGGUGGCACCAAGACGUUGUACUUGCAGCACAAUUAUCUAAACGGGUUCAGGCUGGAACCGGGGGCGGCAUUGCCGGAUACGGCGUCGUUGUGCCUGUCGUAUAACUGUAUGGUCCCACCAUCGGCGGGAGUCAAGGCUUGCCCGGCAAGUGCCGGUUCGCAGAUCUCAAGGCCAGAGUGGCAGUGUUCAAUGUUCUAUAAGGGGAGGUCUUAAGGAUUGAUACAUUGAUUAGAAUGCAUUAAUGCACAAGAGUGAAUUCUUUCUUUCCUCUCUAAUGGCAAGUGUAAUCUAAUGAUGAUACAGUUUACGUUUGUUAGUGUCAAUAUUUUCAAGGGGUGGGGGGUGACUCGUGAGAGAGGGAUCGAGAGGUAUACAUAGUAAUUGAGUAAAAGCAAUGUACGUUCUCUAUGAUUUGUGUUUUUGUUUUUGUUUUUUUAAUGUUGUUUUCUUGGUAUAGUGGGGGGAUGAGUAAAUGAGGUGGUCGUGAGGAGUGUGGAGUGUAAUGAGAAGUGCCGAAUGCAUGAAUAGAAUAAUGAGAUGUUUGUCACGCUAA